UGCGCCUGCUCUGGUCUGGACCAUUAAUCAUUCUAGCUGUCUGUUUGCGUACGGCUACCGGCGAUCCUUUGGAUGUGUGCCUGAAGGAUCUGGGUUGCCUGAGGGGCACCCAUAUGCCAGGAUAUCAGGGCGAGGAGUUUGAGGCCUUCAUGGGCAUACCAUUCGCAAAGCCUCCUGUGGACUCCCUCCGACUCAGAAAUCCUGUGCCUUCUGGAGCCUGGGAGGGCGUCCUGGAUGCUGGGACAGCCAAGGAUGGUUGCCUGCAGAGAAAUUACUUUGGUGACAAAUGGCCAAUUUCAGGAGUGGAAGAUUGCCUUUACCUCAAUGUCUACAGGCCCAAGAAACGCGAUGGAAGUCCCUUGCCCGUCAUGUUCUACAUCCAUGGGGGAGGUUUCUUUAGCGGCACUGCCCAUCCGGUUGCCAGUGGACCCGAGUAUAUGAUGGACACGGAGCAGGUGAUCAUGGUCACCGUGCCCUAUCGCUUGGGGCCUUUGGGAUUCCUGAGCACUGGUGAUACGGAUAUGCCUGGAAAUUUCGCUCUGAAGGAUCAGCGCUUGGCCAUGCAGUGGGUGCAGCAGCACAUAGCAGACUUUGGAGGCGAUCCCCAGCUGGUGACGAUCUUUGGCCACAGUGCUGGGGGAAUGUCGGUCCACUAUCACAUGCUGAGCCCCAGCUCAAAGGGACUCUUUCAACGGGCUAUGUCCUUGGAUGGCACCAUUCACUCACCAUUCCUGAAGAUCAACAAGGACCCACUGGCCCAGGCCAGAAAGCUGGCUGCGGUGGCUGGCAUCGAGGGGGCAGAGAGUUUGGAUAGCAAGGACCUGGCUCAAGCUCUGCGUGAGCUGGAUCCUGUUGAACUGCACAAGACGGUAGAUUCCCUUAAAGUCUGGGCAAACUUUCCCUUCAUCAGCAACACUCCUGUGGCUGAGCCUGUUGGAUGCCCAGAAGCCUUUUUCACGGAGAAUCCGUUGCAGGCGCACCUUGAGGGACGCAUCAAUCAGGUUCCAUGGUUAAUAAGCGUUACUUCGAGGGCCGGAGAGGGAGCUCUUUCGCUUCUGCACGCCUUCGACGAUCGACAACUACGGGCGGAGCUCAACGAGCAGUUCCUGGAGCAUUUUGGCCACGUUUUGAAUUUACCAGAGACCGCAUCGCCUUCGGUUGUCCAGGAAAUCUUAGACGCCUACGGAUUUGAGGGAAAGACGAUUAGCAACGAUACGCUUGUGCCCUUGGCUGAAAUCGCGGGAGACUUUGGGUUCUACUAUCCGCUCUACGAGACGGCAUCCACCUAUGCAAAGUACGCCAACCUCCAGCAGAAUCCGCUCUCCUUCUAUUUGUUCGAGUACCGUGGAAUGCGCACCCUCUCGACCCUGUUCAGCGGUGCAUCGGUGGAGUAUGGGGUGGGUGCUGCCCACAUGGACGAUGCUCUGCACACCAUACGGAUUCCGGCUAUAAUCGAAGACUAUCCCAAGGAUUCGGAGGAUGCUGAGGUCGUUAAACGGAUGACCUCGAUGAUGGUUGACUUUGCCAAGACAGGGAACUUCCACAGUGGCACCUCCUGCCAGGCAUCGGAUUUCACGGAUCAUGAGAUGUGCAGCUAUGUCCAUUUUGGUGGCACUGUUGGGAGCUAUCAGGAGGACAUCCAGAAGGACUUCAAGUUGUCAGCAUAUCCGAUUUGGAAAAGAUUAUUUCCAUGAGGAUGACAGCAGAAUAAUGUUUAUUACUUCCUCUUAGUUUUUGCACCUGGAACGAGAAUUGUUUUGUUGUAAUAUUUUAGUGUAUCUCUUUUGUU